CUGUACUUGUUUCAAUUACCGUUUACAGCUCCAUUCUUUUCCCUCAACAUGUCCCUGCAUUUUAACAGUCCACUUUCAUUACAUACAACUAUACAAGGUAACAUGUACUCAUGAAACCUCCUCCAAGAACUCUUCCUCAUGGUACCAUUUCUGAUCACCCUUCACAAAUACAACACAACUUUUAGACACAAACUCAUCAAACCCCUCAUUUUCCUCAACACAAAACAUGAACAUUUUCACACAACAACCUCUUCGUCGACAUCAUUGUCAUUAUCAUCACCACCACCAUCUGUUAAAACAGUGUGUUCACUAGUUUGUCAAUCUUAUUAUCAGAAUCAAACCCAUUUCAAAUCAACACCUCCUAAGCUCAAUCUCUUGCUAGACUCCAACUCACUGUCUCUAGAACAAGCUAUUACUAUUGUUGCUUCUCUGUCUGAUGAGGCUGGCUCUAUGGUGGCAUUGAGUUUCUUUUAUUGGGCUAUUGGGUUUGAGAAAUUUAGGUACUUUUUGAGAUUUUAUAUUGUUUUGGCUUCUUCUUUGAUUGAGAAUGAUAAUUUGGAGAGAGCGGAUGAGGUUAUGAGGUGUUUGGUUAAGAAUUUUGCUGAGAUUGGGAGGUUUAAAGAGGCUGUUGGGAUGGUUAUUGAGAUGGGGAAUCAAGGUUUGGUUUUGAAUACUUGGGGGUUGAAUUUUGUUCUUGGGGUUGCUGUUGAGAUGGGAUUGAUUGAUCUUGCUGAGAAGGUGUUUGAUGAAAUGUGUCAGAGAGGGGUUUUUCCGAAUGCGGGUAGUUUUAAAUUGAUGGUUGUUGGGUAUUGUAGGAUUGGUGGGGUUAGGGAAGUGGAUAGAUGGUUGUGUGGGAUGUUGGAGAGAGGGUUUCUUGUUGAUAAUGCGACGUGUACGUUGGUCGUUAGGUUGUUCUGUGACAAGGGUUUAGUGAGUAGAGGGUUGUGGUUUUUUAAUAGGAUGGUUGAUUUGGGUUUGACUCCGAAUGUGAUUAAUUAUACUUGUUUGAUUAAUGGGUUGUGUAAAAGAGGGAGUAUUAAGCAAGGUUUUGAAUUGUUGGAAGAGAUGGUGAGGAAAGGAUUGAAGCCGAAUGUUUAUACGCAUACUGUGAUGAUUGAUGGUUUAUGUAAAAAAGGAUGGGUUGAUAAGGCUUUCAGGCUCUUUCUAAAACUUGUUAGGAGUGAUAAUUAUAAACCUAAUGUGCUUACGUACACUGCGAUGAUCAAUGGAUAUUGCAAAGAAGAGAAGAUGAAUCGAGCGGAUAUGCUGCUUAGUAAAAUGCUUGAACAGGGAUUAGUUCCUAAUGUUAAUACUUAUACUACUCUCAUAGAUGGGCACUGUAAAGUAGGGAACUUUGAUCGUGCAUAUGAGUUGAUGGAUACGAUGGCCGAAGAUGGACUGGCUCUUAAUAUAUGUACUUACAACGCAUUAUUUGAUGGUUUGUGUAAGAAAGGAAGGAUUCAAGAGGCAUAUGAAUUGCUGGAGAGCUGCUUAAGAUGCGGUCUGCAUGCUGAUAGAUAUACAUAUACCAUUUUCAUAUCAUAUAGCUGCAACUGUGAAGAUACUAUGCUAGCUUUGGUGUUCUUCAAUAAGAUGUUAAAGGAUGGCAUUUCUCCUGAUAUACAUAUAUAUACUACAUUAAUUGCUGCAUUCUGUCGGCAAAAAAGAAUGGAAGAAAGCAAGAGGCUUUUUGAUGACUCCCUUAAACUUGGGUUGAUUCCAACCAGUAAAACAUAUACUUCCAUGAUAUGUGGAUACUCUAGAGAUAAAAAGGCAGACAUAGCUAUGAAUUACUUCCAGAGGAUGAGUGAACAUGGUUGUACACCUGAUAGUAUCACUUAUUGCGCUCUGAUAAGUGGGCUUUGUAAGGAGUCAAAAUUGGAUGCUGCUCGUGUACUGUAUGAUGCUAUGACAGAUAAAGGAAUUUCACCCUGUGAAGUCACUCGACUGACAUUAGCGUAUGAAUAUUGCAAAAUUGAUGAAUCGUCAACAGCUAUGAUAAUUCUUGAGAAACUCGACAAAAAGUUGUGGAUCCGCACUGUUAACACCUUGAUCAGAAAGCUCUGUAAUGACCAGAAAGUAGACAUUUCAGCAGUGUUUUUCCAUAAAUUAAUUGAUAAAGACCAUAACAUUGAUAGAGUAAGUCUUGCAGCUUUCAUGACUGCAUGUUAUGAAAGCAACAGAUAUGAACUUGUUUCUGAUGUAUCAGAAAGGAUAUUAAAAAAGUCAAGUUAGUGGCUCUAAUGGGGAAAACUUCAUAUUAAUGGAAUGUCCAAGCUGCUGAAUGUCAAUUUCUGUCAUGUGACUUAUGAAGAGGUAAUUCGCUUACCCAAUGUCGUAUCAGGAUUGAUUUCCAUUUUUGGAAGUGCGUGGGAAUAAUGUGGUGUUGUAUGAAUUGAACACUGUGGGAAGUCAGAUGAUUGCACACCUGCAAUUAAUUGAAGUUUCGCGAAGGUACUAUCUUUGUCUGCUCACCAAGGUCAAGGAAAUACCCAAAUCCGGGCACACAUCACAGACAUGGAGUCCUGAUUAGGGUUGCCGUUUGAACUUUUCUGUUGAUUCCUAGAAGAUGUAUACAGCUAUGAGCACUCGAGCUUGCAAUGAGCUUGUAGAGAUGGAUCUUAUUCAGAAACUUCUCCAAUUAUUUAUCAAGUCAAUGACCUUAUGACCCCAGUUCCAUUGGUUCUUUCUCCGGUUCGAGAAACAAGUUGAGACGACUAAAUGUAAGGUGAACAGCAUCUUAACCAUACUAUUAUCAUUGGAAUAGAUGCAUUUACAUUUAACAAGCUAUUUAGAAAAAGAAAUUCCUUUCUUUCAGGAAAUCAGGGUAGUGCUCUGUUGUACAAAAUGGAGUGUCUUAAUUUUCUUCUAUAUACUGUACCAUCUUUUGAUAAUAAGCAUUUCUCAGUGAAAUGACAAACUAUUAAAAUUAGUCUUCCUCCCUCCAUUGAUUCUUACAGACUAAACAUGCUAAAUUUCUUUUUUGAAUAUUUGAAUGAAAUGAAACCUUCUUUUGUUGUGCAU